GAGGGGUAAAAUCAGUUGAAUCUUCAGUUAAAUCUCUUGGGAACUAUACCAAACUUCAGCUAUGAAUAACCUUUCGGUUCUGCGGGUUUUUGACAUUCUCUGUUCUUUUGACUUCACCUGAGCGAAAAACAGACCCAUGCGCUCGUGUAGCAAGUCACGUCGUCCAGUUUCAAAAUGACACGCCAUGAGCUGAGAUGAUUGUAAAUUAGUAAAUGAAGUGGAUAAUCACAUUUAAUAUGAGAACGCGGCUUCAGAGAGCUUUGUAGGUUCAUGCAUGAGUCUGUUUGGAGGGUUUUGUUCUUAACAGGUGUGGUUUCCUGGCGGUGACAUCAUUAAUGGUUGCUUCCUGUGGAACUCAAUGUUCAGUAGCAGUACGUUCAGGGUUUUUCUAUGUUUCAGGCUGUUUUUACAUAGGAAACGCCCUCUUAUGCCACAGACAGUGUAUUUACCACCGAGGAGGGGGUACAGUUGAUAAGGUACACUAGUAAUGUAUUUCUCUGCAUUUUUAACCACGUACACAGCUUGAGUUUACUUUCCACAAUAAACUUGUAAGCACAUGACACAUCGGCAGGGGAAUCGGGACUGAGUAUCGGAGGCGUUUCCAGAGAUAGCUUCCACUUUAUCAAGCCAUGUGAACUGAGAAGGAAGCAAGCAUGUGCUUGUGGUUGUAAUCUGACACGCCGUAAAUUAUAUUAAGACGGUUUUCCACAGCCUUCUUGGACCCACAAACUCCAGCUCCACCAAAAUGAGCAAUUUAGAAGUUGCAGUUGUGGACAAUGCCACAGUGGAUGCACUGAUCAGCCCUCUGAUGACUGUUGCUCUGCCUGUCAUCUACAUCACGGUGUUUGUUAUCAGCACUCCGUGCAAUCUUAUCGCCCUUGUUCUUCUCUGCGGCCUUACGAAACGUGCAAGUCCCACAGUUAUCUAUUCCAUUAACCUCUGUCUUUCAGAUCUGCUCUACAGCAUCACUCUACCGCUGCAAGUGGUCUAUCAUCUUCGACGCAAUGACUGGAUCUUUCACAGAAUGACUUGUAGAAUUUCAACAGCUGCUUUCUACUGCAAUAUGACCUGCUCAAUCCUCACAACCUGUGCCAUAGCUCUGGAGCGGUACUGCGGUGUUGUACACCCUUUGAAAACCAGACAUCUGCGAAGCACCCGAAAAGCCAUUCUGAUCUGUCUCCUCAUUUGGGCUGUUAUGCUUGUGUUCCAGCUGCCUUUUUUCAUGCAUGAUUUUACUCUGUUCAUUCCUCAGCUCAAUGUUACCACCUGUUUUGAUGUGUUUCCUAAAAAGGUUUUUGAAGGAUGGAAAGGAUAUCUCUACUUUGUUUCCAUAUACCUUCUCUUCUAUGUGUUGCCAAUGAUAAUUUUAAUUGCUUGUUAUUGUGCAGUGGCUCAUGCCCUUAGACAGACGCUUGAUGCAGGAGUCCAGCGUUCACACAAGCGCACACAGACUUUGGUGAUAGUUGCAGCCCUUUGCUUCAUCACCUGUUACCUACCUAAUAUGAUCAUCCAGCCUAUCCACAUGGUUUAUCGGAGCAAAGGCCAUAGCAUAUAUGCCUACUACAAGCUCACAUUGGGUCUCAACAGCCUUAACUGUUGCUUUGACCCUUUUGUGUACUAUCUUGCUUCCAGGGAGCUCCGGCAAGCGCUGUGGAGAGUGCUUGGCUGGGGGAAAUGCUGUCCAAAUUACAUGGGAGAGGAGACUGCUGCCUCAAAUUUGUCUGAAUUGCCCACUACCACCAGAGGAAAUCAGAAUGACAGUAGAGCCCUAAUAAGUCAAUAAUGAAAUGCAGUAAAAAGAUAACUUGCUUCUAAGAGCUAUAUGAGAACGCGGAGCUUUUUCUAUGGUGCACAGACAAAAUAAUGUGAAUACCAACAAUAUUAAAGUACUUAAAGAAAUGGUUUGGUGAAAUAUCAAGUUUGCCCAACUCCUCACUUACCCUGUAUGUAGCCGAUAUGUUAGGAGUCCAGAUUUUGUUUCCUUAAUUUAUAACUUGAAUGCUAAGGCUCAUAUUGUUAACAAAAACAAGAACUCAAUGGUCCCCCAUCCAUCCAUCCAUUUUCUAAGCCGCUUCUCCCUCAGGGUCGCGAAUGGUCACCCAGACCCCCUUAAUUAUUUGUGUAAAAAAUACAUUACCAACAUUUCAAACCGCUCAAACCAAAUUCAGGGGAAUCAACUUUAAACAACAGUCUGUAUUCACAAACCACCAAAGAUAAAGAUGUGGCAGAUGUGGGCGACGUGGAGAACAUGACCCCUGCACUCUCACAGUCAAGGGAUUCUGUCCCCACACUUUUCACACCUUGCAUGUUUCCUGAAUUGGUAGUAGUAGCUUGCUAUUAUAGCAGUCAUCCGCUAGUGGAUAUGCUGUUGACUAACAUAACUCUUCAGUUAUGAGAUGCAACACCUACAGAGAUGCAACACCUUCUAAUUUUGCAUUAUACCUUUUGUGGUAGGAUGUUUAUGUACUGCUACUUCAAGCAUGCUCAAAUUUUUGAUAAGACUUGGUUGGCUGCCAAAUUCACUUACUGCUACUAGUGAUGGGGUGUCAACUGUCAACUUUUUCAUAGUAACUGAUGUGAAUAUGCAUUUAAGAGAAUGAUUCAUGCAGGAAGGGUUACGCAUGAUAAGGAAUUUAGAAAAUGUGCUGUCAAGUGUCCAGAAGUACGUGCCCUGUUGCUUACUGACAACUGUGUCCACCUCACUUUUAAAAUGCCUGCUACGCCCCUGACCACAGGAGGACUGCAGAUUUAGAAUUAGAGUGUGUGACAAUCUGAUCUAAGAUCAGUCGUGCUUUGUGAACACCAGCUCUGGUGUUGUCUGAAACUUCACCAUAGCCGUGAAUUUUAGUAUGUUCUUAUAGCUCACAGUGCUCUAAACCACAUCAGCAAGUCUUUACAACCUUAAUCCUAAGUCCUGGGUGCAGUUUGAGAGGGUUGAGAGGAGUUUUGAAGAUGUAUUUUUACAAGCCAUUUGAGUAACUGUUGUGUUCUACUGUUUGCUAGCUACAUUAGCCUUGUAGCUCCAGUACUAAACCAAAUUUAGACUCCAAUUUAGACUCCAAACCUGUCAUUGCUGACUGGCUACAGAGAGUUAGUGGAAUACUGGUUGCCAAACCAUUCCUUUAAUAAGAUGCAGAGCAUCCAUUGUCUUCAGAAAACCUUCAGUCAUUCUUAUAUCGAUGUCAUUCUUGAACCAUACCAUCCUGAAAGGAAAAGACUCCAGUUUUUGAGAGAAUAAGGUGUAAAUCUUCAUACUCUGUGCCGCAGAAAAUGUCCCAUGGAGACAUUCUUGAGAGGUUUUAGUUGUGGAAGCACAGCAUUUUGCUUUGUAAUCACCAUUCAUAAGUUUGUUUAGCAAAGUCCUUAUGGUCAUUUUUAUCUUGGGACGUGGGAACAUUCAGAACAGUGUUUUCGCCACAGGCUACAGCUCAGACCUGUACCCAGACAUUUCAGAGGGCAAGAGAUCAAAGAAAAAUGUAAUGAAAUGAAAUUGAAUUUAAUUUACAGCAUGGCUUUAGAGCAGUGGUUUGCAACCCUAGUCCUGGAGAGCUACCUUCCUACAGAGCAAAAGGGCAGUCUCUUUGGUCUAUUGUGCGUGCGCCAGUUGAUCUUGUACAGUCGUUUCAUAUUCAUUGACUAUUAUCUAAACGAUGCAUAGAAUUAGACCUGAUGACUCACAGUGAGGUGGCUGUCCGUGACAUUAUGGAUCCAUGUUUUAAGAGUUGUAAACAGCUGUGGUUUGAAAGCAUCUUUUGACUUUCUCCAAUGCAAAAAUGUCUGGAUGUAGGAAUGGUGAAAGAUGAUCAUACCUCUUUUUCAUUCCUAAAGGCAGCAUUGUGCUUCUUACAGAAGGGUUGCAUUUUAUUGAAACUGGGCUAUGGAGAUGCUGAAUUAGGUUUGUCCUAAUUUAUGAGGCCAAUUUUUCUCAGUUUGUCAUGUUUAGCUGUAAGUUUUUGAGUAAGCUUUAUAAAGACAGUUACAUAUUUUGCAUUUUUGUACAUGCAGCAGAGCCAACUAACACAUGGUCUUUUGCUUGCCUCGUGUAUUACUGAAAACGCACAAAUCCAGUCUUUAACAUCUGAUGUUUUUGUUAACUGACAUUCAACCAGAUAUGACUCAUCUGCUUAGCUGCCUUUGUAAUUCUGAUUUAGCUAUUUAGCACGAUAACGUCUUGAUGUGUUUCUGUUAAUGUGUCCAACCUUUAAAUGAUGUGUUUUUGAAAUGUACAGCAUGUUCCUCUGGUAAUUUCAGUUUUUGUAAUGUGCUGGCCUGCAGGAUGUAUUUUGCAUUAAUAUUAUGUUUAUUUUUAACGGGUAUUUUUUUAUGAAUACUGAUUUUUUGCCUCUGUGUGGAGAUAUUAAAAACAUCAAAAAGCAUGUAGUCGUGUCAGCGGGUCAGAUUUCAUGGGUGAAAAAAUGACUCAUUCCAAAUUAUUUUCCACAAGACUGUUGUAUUUUGAGAUUAUGGACAAAAUAUCCAGAUGUGGAACAGAAGUGUCAAUCAUUACUGCUUUAUCUAAGUCUCAGAUUCUUACUUGUUAUUGUUUUCUGUCUCAUUAAAUGGUGAGCUGCAUGAAAACAUGUAGGUUGCGGCUGUCAUUACAGCCAGUGAAGCUGAAAGUAUGACAAAGACAGAAAGAACACAAGCCUCUCAAGAUAGAAAGAUGAUGCGGCUUCAUAAUCACUGCUUGGAACAGCCCAGAUGUCAUUGCUGGAAUCUGUGCCCAUAAAAUCCUGAAAACUAACUGCCAGUUGAACACUGGUUGACUCUGUUUAACUGGUUUAUACUUUACAUUCUCAGUGAUUGGGUAUAUUCUGCCCUCACUAAAUUAGUGGCUAACAGGUUAACAAUCUAAGAUAGACUUUGAGUUUAGGCCUUCACAGAAUCUAUUUAAGUGGUUUUCACUGGAUUCUCUGUAGCUGAAUAUAUUCUGCCCUCACUAGAGUACACUGUGGGUUAGCAAAUUGAUAAUGGCUAACAGGCUAACAAAACAGACAGACAGACAAAUUGAGUUUUGGCCUUCAUAAAAUAGGUAACUUCAAAACUGAGACAGAAAAGAGUUAGUUGGAUGUCUGUUAUGAGCUUGAAAGGCAUGUAUUUAAACUAAAGCUAACAUCAAAGUCCAAUAUAGUGCUGAGCUAAACCCACUAGCUUGAUGCUACAUACUAUGGUGAACAUAUGAGCAGCGUUAACGUAGUCCUGGUUUAAAAAAGCUAAAGCAAAUGAUCAGAUUUCUGCAUUAAUGCCGUGCAAUAGCUUUACAGUUUUAUGUAUGUAAAUAACAGUGUAAACAAACUUAUAAAGUUAAAAUAAAAUGACUUCUAAAGUAAAUAAUAAAAGUGAAGGCUAUACAGUGAAUGCUUUGACCAAAGAGUUUCUCUCCUGCAGGUUCAGGUUUCUGUUGAUGAACUGAUCACAAAUAUUGGCACACAAAAAUUUGAUCAUCAUCCCAAAAAAAAAAAUUGCACACAAGAUUAUUUACAUUUGUUUUAUCAUGUUAGCAUUUAACACAUUGCCUGUAUACACUUUGCCAGAGGUUCUGUCCAUACCUAAUGGGUCAUGGGGUGCAGGAUUAAACUCGAUAAUAGCUAAAAACUUUUACUGUGAGAAAAAAGAUAGAACAGAAAAAUAAUCUAAAUAUGAUCACAACUAGGAGACGACACAAAUUGUUUUUUGUUUGUUUAUUUUUUUUAUUGUGAUGUUUUGCAGUUUGUUGAAGUACCAGUUUCUCAUGGGCUCUCUAUUUGUCUCUCACUGUCACAUAGCAGUUACUUAGUAGUGUGGCUCCCUCACACCUGGUGAGAAAGUGAGCAGCCUAGUCUCUCACUAGGCAAAAGCAUGACCCAGAAAAAAAUGUACAAAAAGUCAUGGUUCAAAAUAAAGUAGUGCAUGCUUCUCACCACAAGCCUAUAACCACAAAAUAACGUACACGAAGUUUGGUGCAUGUACAGUCAGCUAUUUAUGAAUGCAUUAAAAUGCCAAUUGUAAAA